CUUCUUUGGAUAAUCAACUCGGUGCCAUCUCCUUCAGGUCCUACUUUCUUAAUUAUUCAGCUUACAAAACUGAGUUCUCCGGUGAAUGGGACCUUGACCCGCUUUUUGAUCAGCACUGAGAGAUCUAAUCAACUGUAUGAAGCUGCUACCUUCAAAUCUGAGAGGGAUGAAGAUAGAGGAUGCUUGGACCCACGAAGAUACUGGUAGCUACUUGACACCCAGAAGGGAAAAAGUUAUGGAUAAGGAGGUGGAUACUCGGAAUCAGAGAGCUCUGGAGACAGUGAUCACUAUCAGAUUGGAUGAAAAUCUUGAAAAAGAGGAUGUUGGGAUUGGUAGAAAUAAGGUGAAAGUGAAGCAAGAGAGUUUUUCAAAUGUGAUUGAUGUGAAGUGUAAUAUUGGGAAUGGAAAAGUGGGGGAGAAUAAUUUGAUUGUUGAAUUUGAAAAAGUGUGUAGGAUAUGUCAUUUGGAUACAUUUGAAUGUGGGAAAAAAUUGGUGGAUUUGAUUGAGAUUGGUUGCGGGUGUAAAGGAGAGCUUGGAUUUGUUCAUUCUCAUUGUGCAGAGACUUGGUUUAGGCUUAAAGGAAACAGAUAUUGUGAAAUUUGUCGGAAGAUAGCAAAAAAUGUCACUGGUGUCAGCAACAAUAGAUUUAUUGAGGAGUGGAACGAAGCAAGAUAUAUUGCAGGUGGUACUGGUUCAGCAGAACAAGAUAGAGAAUGCUGGCGUGGACAACCAUGUUGUAACUUGUUGAUAGCAAUCCUGAUAAUAGUUUUUUUGCUACCAUGGUUGUUCCGUAUAGACAUGUUUUGAUGCGGUAAAUAGAGUUAAUAGUUUCUUUCCUCGAAUCUUAUUCUGUGUCUUGCAGAUAACAAAAGUGUUAAAGAGUGUUUUUAGUACAUCAAACCAGAAUAUCUUAUAACAUUGCUUCUGUCUCUUCUCAGUAUCUGAGCCAAAUUCUUGGUCCAUUUUAGAUAAAUGGGAUUAUAUACUUCAGAUUUUCUUUUGA